AUGCCUAUUUUCCAGGGAGCGACUGCAUUGACGCCUGCUUCAGUCCCUGAAUACCAGGCGCGAGAAGCUCCACAGCUCAGCAUCCCCUUUCCUCGUUUCCUUCCACAGGCCCCGCGCCGUCAGACUGUCGCACCUUCGGCCCCUACGAGACCGCCUCGCACCGUUACCGACCAAAAAACUGAAAGCGACUACACGAGCAGCAGCGCUGGCGCAAUGCGGCCCAUCAUCCUACUCGCCUACAGGUCCAAAUUGAAUUUGCAGGCUCAGGACGCGUUUCCGCCGCCCAAGGUUACGGCCCAGCAGUAA